UAUAAAAACUUCUCGUCUAGCACUCGUUGCAAAUUAACCAGAAUGAAAUUUAUUAAAACAUUAUCAGUGGGUCUCACAUUGGUUGUCACAAUAUCUCUUUACGCGGAGAUUCCAGAAGUUUUGUUCAGAAAACUAUUUUACGUGCUAAGUUAUAAGAAUAAUUUUUCCGCUGGAACGGGAUACAUUUUCAUUAUUUUUUUAUUUUGGAUAAAGUUUUUAAUAAAUAAAAUUUACGAGCCACCAGGGAAAGUGGAAGAAGGAAUAUAAUUAGGAGUUUUAAUGGACACCGUGCAGGAAGAAAACAGCCUCUCCUCUACACUGAGUCCAAUUGUAGAAAACGAUGCAUUCUCAUUACCUGCAUCUCCACAAUUACCGACCCUGCAGUCAACAGGAUCUCAGGUUUAUCAAUCUUCACCUGCUCCUCAAGUAUCUCAAAUAAUAAACGAUUUUAUGAAUUCUUCAAAUAGAGCAGUACCUGAACAAAUGACAGAUAGCACUAAUAAUUCAAGAAGUAAUUCUCGAAGAGCUUCGGUAAUAAUUCAAGCACUCCGAAGACCGUCACAAGCUGUAGCUCUCUCAGCUGCACAAAUUGUAAUGUCACAAAGGCGAUAUAUAUUGGGGCUUUUUAACGAUUCUUCAGAUUUAUCAAAAAAAGAAGACAUGGAAAACAAAGAACUGCAGAAAUUGAAGCACAACAGGAAAAUUGGGGAAGAUGCUUUGUCAAUAAUCCUAUCUGCACUUUAUGCCAAACUGAUCGUCGUACUUGGUAUAGCGUUUCCCACAUUAGAAGUUAUCACUAACGCGAAAACAUUUUUCUAUCAAGGUUUUUAUUUGUAUUUGUAUAUUGGAAGUAUAUUAUUUGUUAUAUACAUGUACGCUACUCUACUUAAAGAAAAGGCGCUCGUUGAAAUGAUAAACAAUUACAAUCGAGGAAAGUCGGGAGUACUUCAAAAAACUUCACGUGUCGCCCCUAAAUAUGGAAGUUUCUACUUGAGGUUAGGAGCAAUAGCUUUCGGAAUUGGAAGUAUGGUAUAUUCCGGAUUGGAGUUUGGACGAUACUUUGAGCUUAAGAAUAAUCUAGAAUGCAAUUCUAAUAUCCUUCAUGCCAUAACUCCUGUUACUAGAAUGGUACUUACUUUAGUUCAGGUGCAAUUCAUAUUUCUUAAUAGCAAGAAUAUAGAUUUCAAUGAUCACAAAACUAUCGCUAGAUUUGGUAUAAUGCAUAUGAUAGCAACCAAUUUAUCGGAAUGGUUGUACGUGUUGGUAGCUGAAACUAAGCACGAAAUCAUCCAUCUAUCAGAAAAUCGACAUGCAGUGGAAACAGUAGACAAAUUUUGUCAAGAUGGACUAAUAAUGGGAUCAUUAGUUGCGAAUGCCAGUCCAUUUUUGUUUCCAUGUACUAUUGAGUACAGUCUUAUCUGUGCAGUGAUACUUUUUGAAAUGUGGAAGAAGAUCAAAAUGGAACCGAAGCAUAAAAAUGUGGAAAAAGAUAAAAACGUCAGAUUUCAACCUGAACAGAAUAAAGUAAUGACGCAUUUUCAGUUUGAUCAAUUUGGAGGUAAAGUUAUAAAUCCGAAUCACCAUUUUACUAUCGAUUGCUCCAAUGCGCACAAAGGUCUAUUUGCAGGCAUAUUAGUGAUUGUAUUAACCAUCAUUUCACUAAUAAUGUUCUUUGUUCUGACAAAUACCAAACGACAAAACGAAAAAGUUGCUAUAUUCGAGGUUAACGUCGUAGAAUUAUCUUUGUAUGUCGUAACUACUUUGGCUGUUAUCGUGGCAAUGAUAAAGAUGCGACACUUCAAAUACGACCGGAAAAAUGGCCAAGAAGGCAACAGCUCGGGAAUUGGUUUGGACUGCAUUUUGCUGGUGGUGGCUCAAACUGGCAUGUUUAUUUAUUGCGUAUUUUCCGUAAUUGGUUGUUGCUUCACGUACGACGCUAACAACGAAAUCGAAGUCGCAGUCGAGAUCUUUUCAUUCAUACAAACUUGUAUCCAAACAAUUUUCAUUUUGGAUGCGUGGUGGAGAAGAUGCAGAAAUAUUGAACAAUUCAAAUGUAAACCUGGGAAAGAAAUUAUAACUUUUCUAAUAGUUGCAAACAUGGCGAUGUGGGCGAUAAAUACUUUGGAAAAGAACAGAGCGGAGUUUAGGCCUAGUCAUUUGGAUUUUUUCGGCGAUUGGGCUUGGACUAUCAUAACACACAUUUCUAUGCCUUUGGCUAUUUUCUACCGGUUUCAUUCUACUAUAUGUUUAUUCGAAAUUUGGAAAACUGUUUAUAAAAUUAAAACUAAAUAUGAUACGAAUUCGGUACCCCUAAUGUAAUUCAACUGUCAUUUCUUUGGUGGUUGAAGACUCUGAGAAAAAUAAAUGAAUUAUUAUAUAUCUAUAAGAUGAAUCCGAUUGAAAUAUCAUGACGUUAAAAAAUUAUCAAGUAUUUUGUGAUAAGAUAAGAUAAGAUUAUUGAAUCAGUUAUUUAAUUACCAUCCAAUUUCUAAAAGACAUGACUAAAUCUUUUUUAUUAUUGGGGAGCUGAAGAAACUGAUCUAAUCAUUAUUAUUUGAGUGAUAACAAGAAGAGCGCUCUGAUUUUGUAUAAUUCAGAUCUGGAUUCAAAAUGAAUUAUUCUAAAAAAUACUGAAAUUAGAUGAAACUAAGUUGAAUUUCACAUUUAUAAUUAAUUAGUUGAUUUGUAUUAAAUUCAUAUUUUAUUUGUAAGAUACUUAAUGUUUUUGCUAGAAUAAAUUUUAUAAUGAA